UGUUUAGCUUAAGUAACACGUGCGUUUUUCAGUCAAGGUGAGGUUAUUUCAUCUUUUGGGAUAAAUAAGAAUCUCUGGACGUAUAGUAAAUAGAGACUUCACAAAAUGCAGGUGUCGUGUCCAAAUAACGUAAAAAUCUACAAUUUAAGCGCCGGAAAAUCUCUUCCUGAAUGGCUCUCAGAUGCAAAGCGAAGAAAGUUAUUAAAAAAGAAUGUUGAUAUUCGAAGGCGGAUAGAACUUAUUCAAGACUUUGAUAUGCCUGCAGUAAGUACUUCCAUAAGAGUAUCAAAGGAUGGACAAUAUAUUCUAGCAACAGGAAUUUAUAAGCCAAAAGUGAAAUGUUUUGAUGUAAAUAAUUUAUCUUUAAAAUUUGAAAGAUGUUUUGAUUCAGAAGUUAUUACAUUUGAAGUUUUAUCCGAUGACUACAGCAAGUUAGUAUUUUUACAGUGCGAUAGGCACAUUGAAUUUCACGCGGCACAUGGGAAGUAUUAUAGACUAAGAAUUCCACGAUUUGGUAGAGACAUGCAAUACCAUUAUCCAUCGUGUGAUUUGUUUGUUGUCGGUGUAAGCAAUGAAAUUUAUCGACUAAAUUUAGAAAAGGGACAAUUUUUACAGUCAUUUGUGACCGAAGCAUCAGCAAUUAAUAAAUGUGCUAUAAAUCCAGUUCAUCAUGCAUUGAUGAUUGGUACUCAAGAAGGCAAAAUUGAAGCGUGGGAUCCUCGAAUGAAGAACAGAGUGGGUGUACUUGAUUGCGGAUUCCACUGUGCUAUCCAAAACAGCAAUUUACUAACGGUUCCAUCAAUAACUGCUUUAAAGUUCCAAGGGAGCCUGACUAUGGGUAUCGGAACAGCGACUGGGCAUAUCUUGUUAUAUGAUAUACGAUCAAAUAAACCAUUUAUGGUAAAAGAUCACAUGUAUGGCCUUCCAAUUAGAAACAUUGAGUUUCAUGAAAAAAUGGAUCUCAUUUAUUCAAUGGAUAGUUCUAUUGUGAAAAUAUGGGAAAAAGAAACUGGUAAAUUAUACACAUCUGUAGAAUCACAGUCAGAUUUCAAUGACUUGUGUAUUGUUCCUAAAACAGGAAUGUUCUUUAUCGCAAAUGAAGAUUCUAAAAUACAAAGUUAUUAUAUACCUAGUCUUGGACCUGCACCAGCUUGGUGUAGUUUUCUGGAUAAUCUCACAGAGGAACUGGAAGAAUUAGAUUAUGAGACAAUAUACGACGAUUAUAAAUUUGUUACUGAAAAAGAGUUAGAAGAACUGGGCCUUUCACAUUUGAAAGGCACUAACUUACUUAAAGCAUAUAUGCAUGGUUACUUUAUGGACAUUAGAUUGUACAGAAAAGCCAGAGAUGUGAGUCGACCGUUUGCAUUUGAAGAAUACAAAAAGAAACGAAUACGACAGAAAAUUGAAGAAGAAUGCGCUAGUAGAGUUCAAGUUCAAAAAUUACCAAAGGUGAAUAAAGAGUUGGCACUAAAAAUGUUGGACACUGAGAAAAAUGAUAAUCCAAAGAAAAAGAAAAAGACUACAGAAAAUCUUCUAAAAGAUGAUCGUUUCAAGGCUUUGUUUACGAACCCAGAUUUCCAAGUUGACACAAAUUCUGAAGAAUAUUCUCUACUCAAGCCUGUUGUCUCCCAACUUGACAAAACUCGAGCGAAAAAAUUAAAGAAAGAAUUAGCUCAAACACCAAUUCUUGAAGAUGAAUUAGAGAAUUAUAAAAAAGAAGGUAAUAGCGAUUUUGAAGGAAGCUCAUCCGAUAGCAGCUCGGAAGAUGAAAAACCAUGGGUGAAAGAAGUGCAAAAGCAGUAUCGAUUGAUCAAGAAAAAAGAAAAACAAGAAGAACGAGAAAAUGCACUUAGAGUAAAUGAGCAUGACCCAAUGUCAGCAGAAAGUAGACUUCAAUUCUAUGAAAUUAAAGAAGGCGUAGAUUUUAGGGAUUCUAAAGCAACCAUUAAAAAGCGAGACAAAGCAAGUCUUGGAGACAGACUGCAAGAAGAGGAAAGUCAGAAAAUUAACAUCACUGGUUCUCGUGGUAAUAAGGAAAUGACGUUUAGUCUGAAAGAACAUAAACACAAUGGAAGAAGUAAAGGAAAUGUGAAUAGGCAUAGGAAAGAAUACAAGCAUCUCUUACGUCCAGCUGGAAAUAUUGGGAAAAAGAAACAUUAAUGUAGUUCAUUAUAAUUUUAAUUGAAAGAAUGUGUACACGAUACAUUCUAUUGGUGGUUAUUAAUAUACUGUAUUAUGAUAGGAAACCAACAUCAUGAAAUAGCGCCGAAGGCGUGCAAAAUAGUCAUCAUAAGGAUAAAUACAAAGCAUCUUUUUUGCCUGGAAUAAAGAAUCGGAAUAAGAGAAGAUUUAAUAUUACAUAUGUUGUAAUUUUAAUGUACAAUAUUUUACUAUGACAUAAAAAUGAUUUCUAUUAAA